GGCGCAAGCUACCGUCUGUUAUAAAGGGUACAGCUAUUAUUAUUUAUCCAUCCAUCUAUUUUGUCUUGAUAAGUUCAAAUAGCCUGUAGCCGUAGCCAGCUGGACUUGCCGGAUUACGAACUUCCGGAACUUUCGCACGUUUUUCCAGGUUUUCCUCGCUUUUCUAGGCUUACGUCUCACGUCGGAGAUUAGCUGUGCGCUUCGCGAUGUCUGUGAGCGUAAUUGGCAAUAUUUCGCGGCUUUUGUCGCGCUCAGCAAAGUCGAACACCUUCGUGGCUGCGCUCAAGUCUGUUCGGAGCGACAGCUACUCUCUGAGAUCUUUCUCGAGCCUCGUGUCUCGGUCGUCGGCAUGCCGGCAUGCCUUGAAGGCCUCCAGCGUGCUGCGAACGCCGACGGCGAGAUGCAGCCAGGCUAUCACCAAGGGGGACCAGGAACUGGCUGAAUUCCUUCAGGAGGAGAUUGAAGCCGAAAAGAAAGCGAGGAAGACGCAGCAGCUCCCAAAGAUAGAAGGGUUUGAUGUGAAGCUGGAUGGAGCUGAAGUCACACUCACCAGAAAAUUCAACAACGAAACGGUCACUGUGCACUUGAAUGUGAACCAUUCUGUUGAUGCUGAGGAUGCUGAUGAAUUCAGCACAAGCCAGGAGAAAGCUCCGGAACCUGGAGAGAUGAAGUCCAAGCCCAACUUCAAUGUGGAGAUUGAGCAGAAUGGCAAGAAGCUGUUCUUCAGUUGCACCUUCAACGAGGGUCCCGGAGCCGAGGAGCAGUCGCAGGACACUUACAAUGACAACUUUGGUGUCACGGAGUUUUCAAUCUACGAAGGAGAGUUGACGGACGCUGUCUACACAGUCUCUGGUGAUAUUAUGGAUGGGUACCUUUACGACCUGCUGAUGAAUAUGCUGGAAGAGCGUGGGAUCUCCGGAGAAUUUGCAGACAGCCUGGUGACCUUCUGCACUUCGUACGAACACAGCCUGUACAUUGGCCUGCUGGAACAACUGAAGGGCUACGUUUCCCAGAAGUAGGAAGGAGGCAGCUCCCAUCCAGAAUUGAUGCUGGGGACAGUUUUCCCCAUCGCCCCCCCGUGUAGAUAUGCCGUUGCCCCUGGCUGAGUUCCAUGUUCCAUUGUUAGCCCUUUCAUAGCCUUACUUUCUGUUUUUGAUACAGUGUAUUGGUGGAGAAAUGCUUUGUAAGGAAGCAUUAAAUAAACCUUGCUGGAUGAGGA